AUGUCACUAGCAAACACAAACAAAGAGUGCAUAAUAUCGUACUACGAUGUGCUUGAAGUUCCACGGACCGCAACUCUAGAAGAAAUACGAAAAUCCUAUCAAGAAUUAGCGCUGCAGUACCAUCCGGAUAAAAGGAAAUGUAGCGCGUCGUCUGGUACAGACGAAUCAGACAAAUUUAUCCGUAUCGACCAGGCGUGGAAAGUAUUGCGGGACGAUCGAUUGCGUAGGAUCUAUGAUGCGGAACUCAUGCAGCAGACGAAGGAGGAAUACUUUGUGAACGAAAUUCUCACCGAAGCUGACUUUGAACGAGACGAGGAGGACAGCUUUUUCUUUCACACGUGCCGCUGUGGUGGAUGUUACAUAUUGCCGGAGGAAAGCGUAGCCGGCGAGUCGAUCUACGUUUCGUGUGAUGAAUGUUCCCUAGUGAUACAAGUCAAUUUGGGGAAAUAA